CAGCCAAUUGUUAGAAAAUGCGCUGAGGUUAAUUACAUCCACAUACUUCAUUGUGGUUCUUUAUUUUGAAGCUAAAUUAAUAUUAUGUUAUAUCAGUUUCAAUGGACCGAGGAACUAACUUUAGCUUUCCAAUGGAACUUCUACUAGCCUUUUGCUGUUAGUGCAUAUGAUGCUAGCAUUGGUGCAACUUUACCAAAAGCACGUCUCAUUAGAAAAUUGAUUGGUAAGAUCUCGCCCUAAUAUUCCUUCCUAUAACUUUUAGUCUCAUCUAGUUUUCAAAAUAGAUCAUUGUACAAAUGUAUAAUACAUCUACAAUGUACUUAUUAUUUGAUCUCCGAGUUCAGUGUGUGGUUUAAAGAUAGCAAGUCAUAUUUUGUGCGUGUUAUAUUUAACAUGACUCAAAUAUGACUUUCUACACGUUUGGUGUUCAAGAAAAAACUUUAUAUGCGUUUAUUUAGCUCUUUGAAAGAGUGCCAUGGGCUGUGGCAGUAUACCUUCAGCUAGCUUCGUGCUGAUGCCAAAUAAAAAAAAUCUGCCUCACAGAUAUUUUAAAGGGAGGUUUUACUAUACACUGCUGCUAUCUUAGUUUCUUUGAGCCUGUCAUUUUUCUGCACUUGCUCAAUAUAUUAUCUGUAUCUCGGAAAUUUUACACGAGUUCCUUAUGAAAAAUUUACAGCUUCGUUUUCCCCUACAUCUUCAAAUUAAACAAGUAGUUACAAGAUUAAAUAAGAAAGAAUGGUAACUACAACUGUCACAUUUUUUGUUUAAAUAUGAAAUAAAUUCUAUGAUUUUCUAUACCUUAUGGGAAAUGCACAACCCAGUAUGUCUUGUGGCAUUUGGAAGCCAGCUAAAGGAUACUUGUUAAUACAUUCCAAUACCUGUUUUCCUGAACAUGAUUUUUAGUGUGUCAUAGUACUUUUCCUAUGUGCUCUGUAAUAACCUGGAAGGACGCUUACCUAACAUCCUACCUGAUAGGUCCCUCUCAAAUAGCUAUGUUGUAGCUGGCCAAGCAUGCAUCACUGUUGUUAGUGAUGCAUGCUAGGCCCCAUUACACAUGGCUUAUUGGCUGAUGUGUAAGUGAUUCUCUGAACCUAAUUUCUCCAACACAUCUUGUUACGUUCUGCAGCAGGCAACCUGACAGCUGAGGAUAUUUAGCUUAGCCACACGGAAUUCUUAUUAUUUUCCAUAAAUUGCAUUGAAAUUUGUGAAAUCAUACACGUGUUCUGAUGGCACUAUCCACAUACCAUCUUUUUUUACCACUGGACAGUACUUCACAGCCCUCUCAACGCAGUAUGCUUUGUUUUCACCACUAAAUUGGCCUGUUUCCAUCAUUACUUUUUGUGUACCAAACUCCUUGAUUCUACAAAGAAAUAUGUGGAGUCUGUUUGUUUGCUGACUCCAUGUACCAGGCCGUGAACCAUUGAAGGAAGAACAUUCAUUCAAGAAGGUAGCACACAGACAUGCAUGAAAAUUUGGCCGACAGGAGGAAGUGCGAUCAUAAAAGGGUAUCCGUCGUUACUUUUGCAGGUGGGAACCUCCAAGUGGAAAACAGGAAAUGGUGCCACUGAGAACAAAUCGCUUCGUGCUGAUCUGUUUGGUAGAAAGCCCGCAUGCAUCUGGUGUGGUGCAUCCCCAACCUGCUAUUUUUUCUGAAGCUGUGGCACUUCAUUAUCGGUAGUGAGGUCAGCACCAAGCACUACCAGCCACCAGCAAGAUACAUGCAUGUGGACCACCAGCACUAUCCAGUACCACGGACGGACGGCCGUGCAAGUCAGUCCACUUCCGGUCAUCCUUUUGUACGAAUUCAAGGUGCCUUUGAUUGCAGGCUACAAGAUCUUACGCCUGCUCCAACCAUGACGAUCCCGAUGACGCAUUCCUCAAGGCCGACGCUGGGGUUUCCCCUCGGGACGGCGCUCCUGCUCAUCGUCAUCUUCUCCCUCAGCGGCAUCUUCUCUUGUUGCUACCAUUGGGACAGGCUCCGCUCCCUCUGGUCUCGGCAUCCUGCCAUGCUACAAGAAGGCCAGCAUACCGUCGUGUCCAUGGGAGCAGCACCAAGCAAGGCAGCUUCUGAUCGCAAGAACGAGAAAUCAGGGAAAGAGUGCGGCUUGCCUGUCAUCAUGCCAGGGGAUAACAUCCCGAAAUUCUUCGCGAGGCCCUGCCCACAUGAGACGUGUUUACCUGCAGCAGCAGAGAAGGAUGAAGUCGAGGUACAAGUCAAAUGUUCGGUUUCAUGAGACCUGUUCGAAUCUUUAAAUGAAGCCGUAGUUAGUCGUUAGCAACCUAUGAUCGACACAGAUUGGUUGUAUAUAUUGUUAGUAGAUCAAAAAGAGCAUGUCCAUAUGCAAGUGUGCAAUUCCAGUAGGCUAGGAUUUAGGAAAGGCGAUUUAAGUCUCUGCGAAAUUGUUGAAUGUUAUGGAAGUAAAAUCUUUCUCGUCACACACCUAAACCCAAGAGCCGAGGAAUGAAAAAUGGGUGAUGGACAGUUAAAAGUUAAA